AUGUCUUCAUCAGAAGCCCCCACUGUUUCUGCAACUCCCAUGGCUUCAUCAGAAACCCCCACUGUUUUUGCAACUCCAAUGACUUCAUCAGAAAUUCCUGAAGUUGAUUCUCACAAUCAAAACUAUCCUGAAAAUCCUAUUUUUGGAUCUGCAACCCACAAUGUUGCUAAUUCAGUGGAAACACAUACACCUGUUCUUGAUUCUGAAAAACAACACCAUGCUGAAAAACCACUUGCUGGAAAUCAAACACCUCCUAAUGUUGAUCAGACAUUUCCAACAGGAUCUGCACAAAGGUACAUUGCUGACAUCAAUGGCUUGGUACCAACCCAAACUAUCCAUUUCCACAUAGUUGUUCGUGUUAUGACCAUCUGGAAAAUGAUAGAGAAUAAAAACAAGACUGUCAAAUCUGUUGAGUUGGCAUUGAUUGAUGCUCAGGGAUCCAAGAUUCAAGCUACUAUACCUGCGAGGAUAAUGAAAGAUUUCCAGAAGUAUUUCCUUCAAGAGGGCUGUGCCAGGAAGAUAUCACGUUUUGAUCAUUGCCUGAAUAUAAGUGGGGGAUACCGGUGCUCAAAACACGAAUACAAAAUUGUAUUCCGACCUGAUACAAUUGUUCAAUCUGUUGGUUACCAUGACAUCCCUAAUCAUGUAUUUGAAUUUGCCCUUUUUGCAGAAAUUACCAAUUUUGUUGCAAAUUUUGACUUCUGUUUUGAUUUGUUGGGACACAUAAUUGGUUACAGUGAUCCAAUUAUUGAUAAUGGUAAGAAGAGGAUUUCGGUCGAAUUGGAAGAUGAAAGGGCCGAUAGGUUAAAGGUCACAUUAUGGGAUGAGCACGCAGACAAGGUGUAUACCAUGAUGACUAAUAAUCCUGAUUACCCUGUUGUCCUUAUUGUUCAGUAUGUCAAAUGCAAAAAAUACUACUCUAAAGUUUCAAUCACAACAAAUCUGUUCAAUGGUAGGAUUUUCCUAAAUGACAUGACCAUUCCAGAUAUAUACGAAUACAAAUUCAGGGUUGAUCAGGCAGAUAUUAGAUCUGCAAGCAUCCAUAAGAUAUCCAUGCUAUCUUCCAUUUCAGGAUACACAAAUUUUGAUGAAUUUGUGCGUGAUGCUGAGAUGUUGACACUGGCUGGAAUUGAUGAUUUGGAACAGGAAAACCUCACCGGUGGUAAACAACGGUCGGCCUUUGGCAAAGGUAGAAAAGUAGAUAAUGAAAAGCCAGUUGGACUAGCAAAGAGAUGGAUGUGCAAAAACCAUGGACCUGUUUCUGCCGUCGCUGCAAAAAUCGCUUUGCACAAAUUUCGAUUCAAGUUGCAAGUGUAUUUAGUUGAUGGUUCAGCAGCAGAAUUGAUGUCUCGAGACUAUAACAUUAGAAACAACACCGGUGAGAUAUCAGUUGCAAGGGUUACAACAGAUGCAGACGUUAUAAGGAAGUACCUUGAUGCUGUUUCAGAUGAUCAGGAAAUAGAUCCUGAGCUAAGUGCCGAAUUCUGCCAUAAUUUAACCCCAUUAUCUGAGAGCACUGCUAAGACAGCAGUUUCUUGCACUGACGAUAAUGAUAUGGGAGCUCCUGGAGAUGAAAUGGGUGACAGUCCUCCACCAAAGAAGCAUGCAUCUGCACAAUCUGGCGAAGAAAGUGUCAAGUCCCAGCCCAACAAGCGUGUCAGAAAGCUUUAA